AUGAUGUCUGAGGGCCUGUCAGCCUCAUACAGAGCACUGCUCUACUAUUUCCAGGCUACCCAGCUGCACUCGUAUUGCAGUGGUGACAAUGGGAACAAGUCACGGAGAGUGGUUUUGCUUCCCCCGAUCCUCGAGUCAGCAAGAUCUUCUGAUGGGGCUCCUGGCAGUGCUGCAGACUCUCAGAAUGUGGAUUUCCAAGAGGCCCCAGAGAUGAGGUCAAGAUCAGGCAGCAGAAGUGAAGAGAAGACUUUUAAAUCUCGAGAGGUCCAGACUUUGGAACCCAUUUUGCCUGCUCUCCAGCAUCGCGUUGCUCGUGACGUGAAGUCUGCCAGACGUUUGCGUGAACCUGUGGCCCCAUUGCCAAACCUCCCACCCAGACAGGCCAAGGAGACAAGCCACCGUGUGAGGGCUCGCCUUCUGAGUGUCGAUGACUUCAAGAUCAGCAAUGAAAAGAUCCGCGUUGUCUUGUACGAGUCAGCUUGGAUGAAAAUAGACCAACAGCAAAUGAGAGAGAGGAAGAUUGUGCUUAGGGAGAGGGAGGAAGAGACAGAAAAGUCCUUGCGGCUCCCUGCACUGAACAUUGACCCCGGGGAUGCAGCCAACAAAGGCUUUGGCCCACCGCCUGUCAGUGGGACAGUUCCCGGCAUGAGCAAUACAUGCAAAGAGAGCGCUGGUACUGCCUUGAGGAAGCGGUUCAACAGGCCCUCACUUCCCAGCGUCCCUGUCAUCAACAAGGACAGCAGAGUCCCACGCAAGCCCUCAGUGAACUCACUGCCGCCCAUUGCUCUGGACUCCUCCAAGGCGGGAGAUGAGCCAGAGCGCAGGGACGCCCAGGAAGCCAAACCCGACCCUAACCCACAGCAGGCGCUGCUCAACGCGCUCACAUGGCUCAGCAGCGGUGACUGGGAGGAGAAAGUGAAGGGACUCAUCAGCAUCAGACGCCUGGCUAUCUCCCACUCAGAAGUCCUUCUUUCUACACUUCAUGAUGUUUCCUUGGUAGUUAUCAAAGAGGUGAACAAUCUCCGCUCAAAGGUGUGUUGCUGUGCAAUCAACACUCUUGGAGAGCCCUUCAGGACCAUGAAGAAGGACAUGGACAAUGAAGUGGAUGAGAUUGCUCAGGUCUUGCUGCGGAAGAUGGGGGACUCCAGCGACUUCAUUCAGACAGCAGCCAAUCAGUCCCUAGGGCUCAUGGUGGGGAGUGUGACUCCUGCACGAGCAAUGGCUGCUCUCAUGGCCAGUGGAGUCCAACACCGCAAUGUCCUGGUGCGCAAGACUGCGGCCGAACACCUCCUGACUGCGAUGGAGCGAAUUGGAGCCAAGAAGCUCCUUUCAGGCAUACCUACCAGUACUGAGGUGCUGGUGUGCAUGCUGGUGAAUCUUGCUCUGGACUGUCAUCAGGACACAAGAUGUUAUGGACGGAAGAUGCUGAAUUUAUUGAUGAGUCAUCCAAAAUUUGAUAGUUAUUUGAAAAAGUCUGUCCCCUCACGUGACUUGGAAGCUGUUAUGGCAAUGAUUAAGCAGAAAGGGACAGAAGACCAUCAAUGUGAACCUCCAUCUGCCAAGGAGCACAAGAAGUCUAAGAAAAAUGGCUUGAUGAUGCCCCAGGACAACUUGCCUUCUAAUGGAGGGUCUGUCUCUGAUGUACCCAUGCCACCCUCUCAGACAGCCUGUCAGAAGGCCCGUCAGACAGUCCGUCAGACAGCCCGUCGCCCAUCACAGGAAGAGACUGAACAGCGCCAGGAGCUUUGCAAGCUCCUGACAGCUGAGGACUUUCAGACAAGAAUGGAGGGAGUGAUGCUCCUCCUAGAUCACUGCAAAAACAACCCCCAGCUCAUCUCCACUAACAUUUCCCAGAUUUUUGAUGUUUUUGUCCUGAGACUUUAGGAUUGCAACAAGAAAGUGAACCAGCGGGCACUGGAGGCACUGGCUUCAAUGACAGCCAUACUCGGAGAUGCCUUGUACCCAGUCCUGACCUCUCUGGUAGUAGCAGUCACUGAGAACCUGAACUCAAAGCACUUGGGGAUUUAUGCUGCAGCUGUGAAUGUGCUGAAAGCAUGCAUAGAUCACCUAGAUAACACAUUGCUGCUGCAAAUCUUGGCCAGCCGAGUGCAUUACCUCAGCGGCAAAGCUCUGCUGGAUGUCAUAGAAUGUCUCUCAGUGCUUGUGGCCACUGUUUAUCCCCGGAAACCUCAAACCGUCCACCGCCAUGUCCUGCCCACGCUCUGGUUCUUUUUGGGAAACAAGGCCCUGCCUGUCCGAAGCGGCGGUGUCAGGGCUGUGCUCACCAAGCUUGCAAAGAGCCUUGACGAAGUGAUGGGCCCCGGCCUGAAGGAGUACGCCACCAGCCAGCCUCAGCAUGUGACAAGAAGCCUCUGGGACCUCUUGAACCUUGUGAAGGCUUGAUGUGCUCCAGGAAACAGACGCAGGGGUGUGGAGUGAGCGGGACAGCUGGAGGCAAAGGUGGAUGUGGUGGUGGCAUUCGUUUUAUUCUGUGUGUUUGAAGAAGAGGAUUUACCCAAUAGAGUUUAUGGUUACAGAUUUACUUAGUAUAUUUUGAUGCAGGUUUAAAAAAAACAAAAAAACCCUUAAAAAAUAAAAUAUUUUUUAAAAACUUAAAAAAAAUUAAAAAUAUUUAAAAAAAUUUAAAGUUAUUUUAAAAUAAAAAAUAUUUUUAAAAAGUAUUUUCCUAAAGUUUUAUAUCUUGACCUCGUGUUCCCUAAGAAGUUUGCAUGGAUACCAAAAAAAUAAAACCUGUGUGUAAAUGCAAUUUGAACUGUAAAAAGGAAAAUAAUAUAUUUAUAUACAUAGAAAGUAAGAGAUGUGCACAUACAUAUAUUUUUACUUACAAAGUAAGAGAUGGGCUUUGGAGGCAUUAGCGCUACAGGAAGAGAUGGUUUGAUUUGGGAAGCAUAGAAUGAGAAGCCAGGACCUGCCUGCCCAGAAGGUACGUGGUGUGGUUAUGGGAGGAUGUGCAGCUCACUGUAUGUGCCAGUGUACGCAGUGGGGGCCGAGCUGCCAGGCAGCCCCUUCACAAGUCUCUGGCAGCUGCUGGUGCAAUGGCCUGAGAUGUCCAGGUCAGGCUCACAGCCCCAGUCCCAUGACAGCAGGAACCUCACCAGCUGCACUGAAAUUUUCUUCCCGAUUCAGGGGAUGCGUCCUGCCUGUGGUCCCCUGUGCACCACAUGCAAUGGACUGAUGUGGCGAGGUGACGGGUGCCAUCCGACUGCCACCCAGCACCCUGGGGCACCCCUGGGGAGGGGCAGGAGAGCGGCUUGGGGCAGGGGGCUGUGACGCCUUGCACAUGGGGUGCUGGGUGGGCAGUGAGUGGGCUGAGGGUAUCCUACAGGAGCUGGGCAGAGGUAAGCUGUGGGCAGGCAUUGUGGGACAAGGCGUAUUUUUUUUAAACUAUAUAGAUUUUCUAAACGUCUUUCCGUCUUUUGAGACGUGAAGGAUUUGCCUUCUAUGCAGACCAGUGAAGCACUUCUGAACCUGAGAUUCAGGAAAGAGUGAGGAGGGGAUGUGCCAGUCCUUCACCAUAUACAGAUUUGGAAGCACAAGGGGGAGGAGUGAUGAGAGAAGAGGGGAAGGGCUGAAAGCAGCAGAUGUUGGUGCAUCUGUGUAGUCAGACAUGAAAACAAAGCAGCCUGAUCUACGUUCAUAUGAUCUUCCAUAUACUGUCAGGGUUUUGAAAGAAAGAAGAAGUUUUGGGGAGAAGAAAAAACAGGAAAAGAAGGUUAAAAGCGCCUUGAUAGGUUCUUGACAGGUACAAGGACCUUGUAGGAAGCUGGGAGGUCAAAGAAUACUCCAGGGAGAUCUGACCAUUCCAGGAGUUUUACGGCCUUAUGUUUAUGUGCUGCAUUGUUCGGUAUGUCUAAAGCUAUGCAGGACUCUAACUUGCCAGAUAAAAUGGUUGCACUGUGCCACCUCUUAAGGAAUCGUUUUAGUACAGUAUUAAAGUGGCAAAACUAUUUAGUAGACUCUUCCAAAAUGUUUUGUGCUGCUGUUUUGUUUUUGAACUCCCAACUCUUGGUGGCAGGGAGCACUCAGGAACUCAUCUCUACGAAGUCUUGCCAUGCGAUCUAGGCCAGGGACCUGGCUCUGAAGCACCAGUGUUUCUGCAGAUCCUGCAGUGGAAGCCACAGACCUUGCAGAUCUCAUAUAUAAGUGGAACCUCUUGUGUUCCAGCUGGUACCCAUUGCUCCUUGUUGUUUAAAUUGCAGAUCUGGAACUAUGUCACUUCAUUAAGCACCUGCAGUUUGCUACUGCCCGAGAUCUAUUUCAACAGGCUGCUUUUCUGCCUUUUGUUUUUAAUUAAGCAGUUGGCAUCUCUAGGGGGCCUCCUGGUUUUGCUUCCUCUACCUCAAAAGUGAUUCUUGCUGUUCUCCUCCUCUGCAGAUCUCUCCCUCUGGAGCCCCAUAAGUGCUCCCUGCACAGGCUGCUUUUGCUGGGUCCUUUAGUUGUACUUUCUCUUUGGCUAUGCUUGGGCCCUUGGGAACGUGGGGGGAACCUUCUGCACUUGGGGGAAAAAAGCUUUUGUGCGCAUGAUAUGAGGCCUCUAGAGCGUGUUUUCAUGCAUUUAGUUGUAGCACUUGCAAAGUCGGUUUGAAACGUAACCCAUGUAACUGGUUUCUUAACUCUGUUGGCCUUGAGUGGUGCUUUCACGCAUACUGCUCCCCACAGUUGGUGAGAAUAAAGCAUUGCCUGCCAGUACCUAUUCUGUCUAGGUGUUUCAUUGUUUUAACUCCCCAGCUGAGGCAGUCUCCCUGUAAGAGGAGCAGUCCUACAACAGUGAGAUCAAAUUUAGCUGACAAUGUCUGGUGACAAGCAGAGGGUUUAAUGGGUGAAGGUUA